GCAAAGAUGACCUGUGGUAUAAAGAAUUACACAGGGCUUAUAGGAAAAGAGGCUUUUCAGCCCCGUUUAAUUUAAACUUUUACUUAUAUGCCGAGCAUGCGUAUAGCUUUGUAGUAAUUGUAAGCGGUUUAUAUGUGAUUCAUUACCUUUUAAUCGUUUUCUCAAGCGGUCAAGUGAGAAACUUCUACACCGCAAUGUUCAUUGACUCUGAUAAUUGUAUCGCAAAUCCUCUAAAGAACCAGGAUACAAAGACAUGUCAAUGCAAAAAAUGCUUCAUUUUGUUACACAUAGUUAACCAGCUCUUGAAAAUCCCACCGUUUAUAUUUGUAAAAUCUGUAGUAUCUAUUUUGUGCACAAAAGUCCAAGAUCGAAGAAAAACAUUUUGUAAAUAUGUCCUACAUUUUAUCCUGAUCGGGGUGUCUGCCUGUUCUGUCUUAAUUAUUCUAAUGCUGGGCGCAAUGUUUCUAGCUGGUGUCGUGGUCAUUCUGAUCCUGAUUGUCACAUUUGAAGGGGGGACGAUCUAUAACUUCAUUCCGGUUGCCUUCUGGCUGGCGGUUUAUCUGUGGACUUCUUUGAAAAAUCUACACAAACCCUUUGACCUCUUCAUGGGUACUCUGUUUGAGACGGAGAAAUGCAAGGACUUAUAUAUUGAUGGCCAAGUUCAGAAUGAUGUUCAGAAUGAUGUUCAGAAUGAUGUUCAGAAGGAUGUUCAGAAGGAUGUUCAGAAUGAUGUUCAGAAGGAUGUUCAGAAUGAUGUUCAGAAUGAUGUUCAGAAUGAUGUUCAGAAUGAUGUUCAGAAUGAUGUUCAGAUGGAUGCUAUUGGUAAGUAUACUGUCUAAUCAGUUUGUUAGAAUACAUGCUAUAAAAUUCUAAUGAACAUUGGACAUUUUUUUUUUUUAAAUGUGUGUAUCUUUUCAAUGUAAAAUAUAAUUGAGAUUUAAAAUUUAAUGCGAAAUUUAAAGUUUAGUAUUUGGGGAAAGAAAUAUAUUACGAUACUAGCUAAUUUACCCGGCUUUCUAUGGUUUGUCUUCAGAAAAAUCGCAAAAAGCUUUAUAGCAAACACUUAGACAAAAACACUUCUCUAGCGUAGCAUUUAAAAUUAAAGUUUGAUUUUUUGGGGAAUUAAUUGACCAAUGUUUAAAAAAAAUACCAACAUGGUCACACUAAGCUUUAUAUAGUAGAUUUCAUAUCUCUAAUUUCAUUGGACCAACACAUUUCCUCUUAUUAUUAUUAAUUAGUCAAAGCUUAUUGUAUAAUUUUUUUAAAAGUCACAACUUAGCCCACACCACAAUCUUAAACGCAAUCUUGCAACAAAAAAAUCGAUCUAUCCUUAGGCUCUUCUGUCAUUCCUUGUCGCCCACCUCUUCCAUAGACAAAGCCUCUCACCACAAACUCGACCUUAACUCCUCUUUUAUCCCUCACAACUUCCACACAAAUCCUAAGCCAAACCACUUCACUGACCCAACCACCUUACAACUUUUCCCACCCCGCAUGCAGUUGCUCUCAUGCCAUCACCAUCUAACAGUGGAACAUCCUCAUCAUCAGUGGCGCUACAACCUACGUAGAGCCCUGGCCUUCUCCACCACAUCCUUCUAUUCAGAUCGAUCCAUGGCUUUCCGCCUCCAUGCUCAAAUCCCCAACUGAUGUAAAGCCUUCUCUACAUCGUCGAUCCAUCUCAGCCUUCGGCGACAAGCGAGUCGUCUGCCCCUAGGUUUAUGCUUGUAUACCACUUUUGCCACUCUACUUUCUGGAAUCCUUUCAAUAUGAUCUGCACAGUGCAGUCUGCUUUUUUAUAUAGUUGUGGCUAUGGGUUGGUCUUUGUACAACUGAUAUAGCUCUUGGUUUGCACGGAACUGGUCUUACUAAAUUAAGUAUAUUAGAAUGCAUAUGUCAUUAAUUGCAAUGACUUCAGCUUAGUCAAAAAUCUCAUUGACGAAUAAUGAAAAAGAAGAGAGCAUAAAUUCCUCAAAUCUAUGUAUCUUUUUAAAUGACACACCUUCAUUUCAUCACCAUUGAAUAAUAAUAUUGAAAAGUUUGAAUACAUUUACCUUACAAUUUUAUUUUCCAAACGCAUUACCGAUUUCGUCAAAAAUUUCGAAUCAUGAAAAUUUUCGUGCGGCUGUCAACGGGGAAUUGCUUCAGCCACCACAUGUUCCAAGACGUGAAAAGAAUUCUAUUUUAGUCUUAUUUAUGCGUUUUCCAUCGCGGGAGAGUCCGGUUUCAAACAAAAAUUAUCCAACAUAAUAUUCAUUUGAUGUCAAUGGUCAUAUGAUGGCUUGACCUGUUUACCGCUUACAGACACAGGAACGCGUUCAAAAUACUGCAGUUUCAGUACUUCUAGUUUUGAGGGGAGUUUCAGUACUUCUAGUUUUGAUUGGAGUUUCAGUACUUCUAGUUUUGAUUGGAGUUUCAGUACUGCUGCUUUUUUAUGCAUACCUUACAUUAUUUUUCAUUUACUUUUUUAAAAAGAAACUAUUUAAUUAGUAGCUAAUUGUAUACAAACAUGGCGCGAUUAUAUUCUCCGCGUAUUGUCACUUUAAUGAAAUGUGAUUUUCAAAGUUUCAUUCCCUCCAGAGCAUAAGCCUAAGAAUUGUAUCGAUAAACGCUCAAGCUUUGAGGUUAGGCAUAAGACACUGCGAGUGAGACUCAAGCAUCCUUUUAUAGACAUUUACAGAUCUAGAAUUUCAAAGGACUUCUUCUACCACUGUGUAAAUCUGGACCAUGUCAGGGCACCAGGAUCAGCAUUGAAAAAUAACUGGAAAGUAAGUCAUAGAGAACAUACUAUAUUGACUCUAAUAUUUGUAUUUCUCCACGCGGAGAUGUUUUUGUAAUACCCUGAUUCAAAGAUCAACUUCGAACAUGAGUACUUGAUAUCUUUUUGUUCGUUCCCUUCGCAGGCCGUACUUCUAUUUUUUAAGCUGGGAACUUUCAUCACUUUUGUGUAUCUCGUCCUCAUGGCGUAUGGCAAUAUUCUCUUCAUUUCCCCAACCAACCGGGUGUUCGUGACAUUCGUGGCUGGCAUACUGCCGAGCAUCGUGGAAAAGCUUUACGGCGAUGAUCCAGCAAUGAAGAAAAUUAAUCCGGCAGACAAACGGUAACUCAGCAUCUUGCCUUAAAAUUCGUUUUACACUUCAUGUGCAAUUAAUUUCUAAUUUGAUAAAUACACUUUAACAAAGCUCCUAGACGUGAUAAAAUAAAGGUAAAAGAUAAAAAUAUUUUUUAAAAAUCUAAAACGAUAAUUUAGUUUUAAAAAGGCCAAAUAUUAUUAUUGAAAUAAUUGUACAAAAGUUACAUAAAAAUGCAUUACGAAACGUUUAAGUUUUUUUUUUUAAUUCACAGAUUCCUUAAAGAAUUGGAUGAAAAGAUAAAAACUUUUAGUGAAAAAUGGAUCGUUCGUGAUUUUAGUGUUGAGUCGGUGUCAGAAGACAAUUCCAAAAAAACUCCAGAUUUAUUUGUUAUCAAAAAAGGUACACGUGGCCUCGGGGCUAGCAAAAUUAGUUUGGGUUUGGGCAAGUAGUUACAAAUGGAACAUUUUUUUAUAAGCAACGGUUUGAGAAGUUUGUUAGGUUUCAUUUUUCAAAUCUGGAAAAGUUAACAGGAGAGUUUGACAAUUUAUUGUAACGGGGCACCAUAUUGGCUUAGUGCAUGUGUUUUUCUUAUUGCAGAAAAUUCAAUGACGUCUACGGUAAUGGGUUCAAAAUAUCGACCUCAAAGUGAAAACAUAAAUGAUAUAGAAAAAGGACGCGCAAUACCUCCAGACAGUGCAGCUUUUGAACGACAGGGUGAGUCAGUGUCAGAAGAAUCUUCCGAACAAAUUCCAAAUUUAUUUGUUAUCACAAAAGGUACAAGUUGCCUCGGGGCUAUUAAAAUUAGUUUUGGUUUGGGCACAUAGAUACAAAUGGAAAAAAAAAAAAAGGAUUUUAUAAGCAACGGUUUGAGAAGUUUGUUAGAUUUCAUUUUCAAAUCUGGAAAAGUUAACAGUAGAGUUUGACUAUUUAUUGUAACGGGGCACCAUAGUGGCUUAGUGCAUGUGUUUUUCUCAUUGCAGAAAAUUUAAACAGGUCUAUGAAAAGAGGUCCAAAAAUUCCACCGGAACGUGCGGACAAUAAUGAUGUAGAAAUAUGGCGCGCAAUACUUCCACACAGUGCAGCUUUGAAACGACAGGCUGAGUCGGUGUCAGAAGAAUCUUCCAAACAAAAUCCAGGAACAGGUACAAGUGGCCUCGGGGAAAUCAAAAUUAUUUUGGGCUUAGUUACAAUGGAAAUAUUUUUUUAUUUUUUUUUAUAAUCAGCGGUUUGAGAAGUUUUUUUAUGUUUUACUUUCGAAUCUGAAAUUGUUAACAGCAAAGUUUGACAAUUUAUUGUAACGGCUUACUUUAAUGUCUAAGUGCGUAUUUUUUCUUAUUGCAAAAAAUUUAAACACGUCUAUUAAAAUAGAUCCAAAAAAUCAAGCUGAAGGAAAGAACACAGUUUAUGAAAAAAUAUGGCUCCCAAAACCUUCAGACAGUGUAGCUGUGGAACCGAGUCUCAUUAUUAGGGUAAAGUAUUUUAUUAUUUUAUUUAGUUGACAUUAAUUAGAAGCCAAAUAAAUAUGAUGGUUAAUUAAUUUUUUAUCAAAUUCAAAACACCUUUAAUGUGCGUUUAUUAAAACACAGUAACAGCUCAAUCAAACAGUACAACUUAACAAACAAAGAAACAAACUUGGCGUUCAAUUCUUUUUUUUUUUUUCGUCUUUUAUCCUUUAAAUCAAAUAAUUUUUUAGUAAGCUGAUAGAAAAGACUUGUAUAACUUGUAUAACCGGAAGGGGAAAAAAAUAUAUUGACUUGUCUUAAGAUGGGUUAAAAAAAAUAACAGAGAUGUAAUGUCGUUCAAAGGGAUGGUAGUCAUGGGCGGUAAGUGAUACCUCAAACAGAUGCUUGAGCUGUACAGGAAAGUAAAACAUGGAAUUCAUUCAUACAUUUUUAAUGACGUAGAGAUUUUUUUUAAAAAAAUCAUAAAUGAAUAAAUAAUUAACAUGUUAAUUAAAUUAUUAUUAAUGUAAACCAUUUUUAAACCAUGAAAUGAUUACACAUAGAACUUGUCUGUAGGAAAAUAAAUGGAGGUGAGGUUUACAAUUAAAAGUUACGCUUUAAGAAUUUAAUUUAAUUGUAAUCUUGGCAGUAACCCUCGCCACCUCCUCCCCCCCCCCCAUUUUUAUUGUUUUAAAAAUGUUAUUUUUUUCUUUAAAAACCGCAGCCAUGGAUAUGAUGUUCUUUAUGGAUAUGAUGUUCUUUAUGGAUAUGAUGUUCUUUAUGGAUAUGAUGUUCUUUAUGGAUAUGAUGUUCUUUAUGGAUAUGAUGUUCUUUAUGGAUAUGAUGUUCUUUAUGGAUAUAAUGUUCUUUAUGGAUAUGAUGUUCUUUAUGGAUAUGAUGUUCUUUAUGGAUAUGAGGUUCUUUAUGGACAUGGGUUCUUUAUGAAUAGCGGUUAUUUAGGAAAAUGGGCUCUUUGUGAAUAGGGGACUAUUUAGGAACAUGGGGUUCUUCAUGAACAUGGAGCUCUUUAGGAAUAUGGGGUUCUUUGAGAACAUGGUGUUCCUUAGGACCAUGGGGUUCUUUGGGAUCAUGGGGUUCUUUAAGGUGCUUUUUAGGGUUCAGAAAGGAACCGUUGGAGAACCUUGGGGCUUGCAGACAUGGGAGUUCUUUUAUUAAUUUUUAUUACCAACUUUAUCUGUUUAAUAGAUGUGUGUGUGCGUGGAAGGGAGAAUCGUAAGUCUGUUAUUUAGCCCCGAAUCAGCAUUUAGUUAAACUACGUACCCGAAUAGUUCGUCGAAUUCCAUGAUGCUAGCAAUGUCUCUAAGUAGUCCCUUUUUUUACACGGGUAACUAUUUCAGUUCAUAAUAGAUUAAUUUUUUUUUAAAUUACAUUAUUUACAUGUCAUACUUUCAGUAAAGGUUCAUAAAUUCCAAGCACAUAAAGUUUGUUUAAAUUAUUAUUUUUUUUUUAAACUUACAUCAGAUAUAGACUCAGUAGUGUUAAAUAUGUUCUAAUUUAGGUUACUAAUAGUCAUAUAAGUCUCUUUGACUUUUCCUCAAAUAAUUUGAAUUGAGAUUUAACGUCCCAAAUGUGUUUAGGAUUAGUUGCAAUGAAUUUUUCUUCAUGGCAGCUAAAGGUUCACACGAGUAACUUAAAAUGACAUCUCCUAUGUCAGCGGUUCUUAACCUUCCUAAUAUAGCGACCCUUAAUACAGUUCCUCAUGUUGUUGUAGCCCCCAGCCAUAAAAAAAAUAUGUUCGUUUCUAUUUCUGAGAUACGUGUUUUCCGACGGCCAUAGGAGGGACGCUAUGUAAGGGUCGUUCGACCCCAAAAAAGGGGUCGCGACCGCCCAGAUUGAGAACUGCUAUUAUAUGUAAAUUGCUGCAUCUAAACCAAAUUUGCCCAGCAAAAAAAAAAUCCAUUUCAUUUUUCCCUUUUGUCAAACUAAAGUUUGCUGGUUAUCCAACAUACGGUUCCCUCUGAUGUUAAGUCUUAAAGACAGAUCAUCUUCGGCGCUGCGGUCCCCAAAAGUUAACGUUGAAAGCCAUCAUCAUCUUUUUAAAUUCCUACCCAAUUGUUCUUUUUUUUUAAAUUCUAAAGAUAAUUGGCCAUAUUUAUGAAUACUGGUUAAAAAUAUAUAUCCUUGUUUCAUUUUUUAGGGUCAAACUGACACAGAGACGUAAAAAAAAAGCAAAAAGAGGAAGCGGUUUUGCAAUUCACCAGAGAUUAAACUUCAUCUGGUAUUCCUAAAUAUUCAUACACGCUUGAGGUGUAUGGAGAGUAGGGUAAAGUUGAUAUAAAGACAAUAGUAUGGGUGCACUUUUCAUACGAUUUUAUGGGUUUAAAACAACGAUGUUUGCUAGAACAAAUAUGUUAAAGCUGUAUGGCUUCAAAAUGAAUGGUUAUACAAUUACACCUGCAGCUUUAUGUUUCAAACAGUUUGACUCUUUAUGUAUAUAUUGAUGUUUUUUAACUUUUCGUCAUUUUUCAUGUUGUAUAUCUAUGCAAAGCACUUUAGAAACCAAUAUAUAUAUAUAUAUGUAUAACGGGUGCUGGGUGGCCGAUUGGUCUAAACUGAGUCAAUCCAAAGAUUGCGGAGGGGACUCGUUAAGCUUGGAGGCUAACACCAAAGAAGGAAACCCUGAAUUCAAACCCUGAGAUGGAGUCCCGUAGGCGGAUAACACCGACACACUUCAAAGAUCCCUCCAUGCUACUGUGCCAAGCUGUAGCAUCUUCAUUUAAUAUUCACAGAUGCGUGGG